AUGCCAGUAGUAGUGGAUAACGACACACCACAGUGGAAGAACGGUUUGUUUGGAUGCUUCGGCGAUGUCGGCUUGUGUAUUUUCACAUUUUUCCUGCCGUGCUGGACCGCAGGGCGCAACGCAGAGGGUGUCGGUAAAUCGUGCUUGAUCCACUCGCUUCUCUGUCUGGUUCCAGUUCUAGGGUGGGUUUGUCAGUCCGGCGUGAGACGAGAAAUUCGGGAACAGCGGACGAUUGCCGGUACUUGCUGCAACGACUAUUUAGUUCACAUCUUCUGUGGAUGCUGCGCCUUAAUACAAGAAAACCAAGAACUGCAGACUCCUGAUGAUGUGGCGGUAGUGGUCGCCCAACCGGGGAAAAAUGUCGACAGGGAUUAG